AUGUGUGACAAAGGUUCAUCAUUUUUUUCAAAUCUUCCCGCGAAUAGUUUCACAUGUCAAAAUUACUUAAAUAGUUUGUAUUGUCUAUCUUAUCAACGCUGCCAACAAAAAAAUAAGUAUAUUUUCAAAACUAGCUGUGAUGAACGACGAAACCUGCCGCUCCCUCGUGCUAAGAAUUCUAAUGAAAAUGAGAUUCUUCAGUGUCUAAAUGAAUUAGAAUAUGAGUCAGAAGCUGAAGAGGACCCUUUUGAAUAUAAUAAGACAGAUGACGAGUACAUGCCAGAUGGAAGAGAGGAAUCUUCAUCUUCAAGUUCUUCUAGUGAAGAUGAACAGCCGCUUAUUGAAGAUGACAAUGAUGAUUCUCCUUUUUGCGAGGAUCAAGUCGCAGCAGAACACGAAUUCGUCUACGUUGGACACGUGAUUGUAGUCGUGGAAGAAAUAUUAUAAGCACUCGCGGAAGAAGGUAGUCGUGGGAGAAGAAGUCGAGGACGCGUAAUUUAAUAUUGCCUUAAUAGAAGUUAAGUCUAAAGAUCUUAAAUGGAAAAAUUUUGUUCUCUAUUUAAUUUCUAUAAUAAACUUUAUUUUUUGUAAUUUUGAUUUAUUAUUUUCUCUGCUACAUUAAGACCCACUGUACAAAAUUUUGUACAAAAGAUAGAAUUA